AUCGAGAGAAUGUUUCAAGUGCGGCGCACUUAUGUUUAUAAAUGGCGACCUAGCAGAACACAUUUCGAAUAUUGAAAAGAAGCGAUUUCAAAUAUUUUUUUAUUCUUUAGUGGUAUUCACUCUUACUUUGUUUAAUGUUAAGAGAUCAAAGAUGACAGACGGAUUUGGUUCUAUUACAUGGUGGGGAUUUAGCCCUGUGCUAGAUUUGCAGGACAAAGAUUUAUGCUCUCAUCUACAAAAUGUACAACUUGGAGAUGGAGAGUUGCCUGAGCUCAACAUUUUGAUGGUCGGGGCUGGAGACUGUCGUCAUAUUCUUAAAACAUUGGCACAUACAUACAGAUGGCCAAGACAGAAAAUAAAUUUCUACAUUUUGGAGGCCAACAUGGAGUGUUAUGCAAGGCAUCUUUUGUUACUUACUAUUGCCUUGGAAUCCCAAAACAGAAUGGGACUGCAAGAGAAAACAGAACUAUUCAUGGAACUCUUUGGGAAUACACUCGUCAGACAACAGACCUGUGAAUAUUUGGAAUCCAUGUCAAAUGAAUUUAUCAAGAUGGUGACAGAUUUUGAUCAUUUAGAGAAAAAGAUGCCAAUUAUAGACAUGUCCAGUUUAAAGUUUAAGGAAAGAGAUUUCCUAGAAGGAAUAUUUAAAUUUUGGAGGAAUAAAGAUCACCAGAUAUUUGAUGUUUCAAAGUGUUGGGAUCUGAGACUCAGGCAGUAUCUUGGGACCAGAUAUGAUGCUAGGAAUGGUGUUUUUGAUUGGGAUUACAACAUGAAAUUGGUUGAAAGGGGAGCAAAAAUAAUUCACAAAAGUGAAUACAACAGAUGGAGGAAUACAGGAGUGGCAUUUGAAAUCAGAGAAGGAAACUAUGAAUUUCCAAACAAGACACUUGCGUCUGGACUUCUUCUCAAAACUCAAGAUGGUGACAAAGUAGCGAGGAGAGGGUACUGGGGAGAUGUGUUAGUUGGACCUUUCAUUGCGUUUGGGUUGGAAAGUGAAGAAAAGAGCUUUUUCAAGACAUACAAUGGCCUCCACACCAAGAUGGCUGGAGAUGUUACAGAAUUCAAUAUAACAUCCAUGCUUCAUGAAAUAUUGAAUAAGACAAAAUAUGAAUUACCACAGAUGGAGGACACCAAAGAAGAGGAGGAACAAAAGGGACCAAAGUUGCAAGAGAUCAGAGAGGAGGAUGAGUUGGAAGAAGAAGAAGAAGAGGACCAAAAUAACGUGAAACAGCCAGAGCCAGAACCACCAGCAGCAGAUGCUGAAACAGAGCAAACACCACUGGAAAAAGAAUUUGUCUCUGUCCCAGUCGAAAACUUCAAAGUCCACUUUUUACCCUUAAACUGUGCUCAAGACUUGUCAAAGAAAAGCAAAUACCAAAAGUUGUUCAACAUUGCCUAUUUCUCAAACAGCAUGGUGCACCAUUUAACACCAGAGCUGGCUGCUACUCUUGCUGACAAGGCAUCUGUGAUUUUAGAAUUAACACUGUACAUGCUGGAGCUCCGUCCAGAGAAUAUCAAGUUGUUUUCUGAAAAAGUGACCAAUAUGGCUAAAGCUGCUGGUUGUGAGGUCGCUGCUCCCUGUAAUCCAGAAAAAGACAAUUUUGCCAGGUUUACAUUUAGUCGGUGAUAAAAAAUAAUACUGCCUCUGCCACUUUAAAGUUCUGUAAAAGAAGCAUUUCUUAUAUGGAACGCAAGUCUUUCUGGAAUUAUUUUGAUAACAUUUUCAGAUGAUUUUUAACAAAAUAAACGUCCAGUUAAAUUGAAUAAGUAAUGUCAGUAAAAGAACACAGCUGUAACUAACUGUUUACCUUAAAAUCAACUGCGGUACAGUUAUACAUGUAUUAAUUGCCAGAAUUUCAGGACAUUUGCGGUUUUCCUUAUGAACGGAAUAACUUUUUUCUACAGGAGAUUUUUGAGGACAUCUUUAUGGUCAUUAUCAAUAACAUUGUUCACGGUUCCAAGGAAUUAUAUUUUACUUCUAAUUCUAGUGAUAAUGAUCACUUAUUUUGGAAUCUUAAGUGAAACGGCUCUGUAGUAAUUGGCAGAAUGACCUUGUUAUAGAUUCCGCAAACUACUACCCCGAGUGGGAGUCAUUCACAGGUCUACCAACACCCAACGACUUGUGGGCGCUCAGCCUGAUGAUGCUCUCAAGACAAAAAUAAAAUAAAAUAAAAUAUCAUUAGAAUAAUUAGUAGAAAUCUUUAUUGACGUGUUAAAAAUGAUAAUAAUGUGGGUUUAUCAACAUAACGAUGCAACUCCUCAACCAAGGUCCAACAGAGGACCAAUGUAGAUUAUGGACCAAUGUAGAAAAAACAUUCGUACAAAAGAUAUUACAUGAUAAUAAAGUUUAUUAUAUAAGUUUAAAACUUACAUCAAUUGUUACAAAAUAAGAUUAUGAUGUAAACUGCUUCAUUCGAGAUACUUCGUGAAAUGCAAAUAAAUGUCAUAUUUAAUCAUGUUUAAAAAAAGGAAAAAAUAUUUCACGUCUGCGUCCACAAUCUACAAGUACAUGAUUUGUGUAGCUGCUCUUUAGAAUACGCAUGGUGUCCAGAUAUUCACUGUUGUUGUGAAAUACGAAUUUUGUGCAGAUAUUCAUAUUGUUAGAAAGUACGCUUGUUGUUCAGAUAUUCACAGUUGUUGGAAAAUACGCAUGUUGUACAGAUAUUCACAUUAUUAGAAAAUACGCAUUUUUGUCCAGAUAUUCAUAUCAUUGGAAAAUACGA